AUGGAACUUAACAAACCAUUACAAAAGAAAAAAUGGUUCCUCCCAUUAGUUUUUUCCCUCUUGAUAUCCUCUUUACUCAUAAUAUUAACCCUUUUCACUGAUACCCCAUUACACAAAAAACCCACCAAAAUCAAACCUCAAAUUCCAAUUUUUGUUGAAUCAAAGCUACAUAAAACCCCAAUACUGCCCAGUUCAAGAACUCCAAAACUGGCCUAUUUGAUCUCAGGAUCAAGUGGGGAUUUUGAGAGUCUAAAGAGGACACUAAAAGCCCUUUAUCAUCCAUCAAACCAGUAUGUUUUGCACUUGGAUCUUGAGGCAACAGCCGAGGAGAGAAUUGAGUUGGUGAAGUUUGUGAAAAAUGAGCAAUUAUUUGUGCAAUUUGGGAAUGUGAGGGUUGUGAAAAAAUCUAAUUUGGUUACCUACAGAGGCCCCACUAUGGUUACGAAUACACUUCAUGCUGCUGCCAUUUUGUUGAAAGAAGGUGGAGAGUGGGAUUGGUUUAUCAAUUUGAGUGCUUCUGAUUAUCCUUUGGUGACUCAAGAUGAUUUGCUUCAUACUUUAUCAACUAUUCCAAGAGACCUUAAUUUUAUUGAGCACACUAGUGACAUUGGCUGGAAAGAGUUGCAGAGAGCCACGCCCGUGAUAGUCGACCCAGGGCUUUAUAGCCUGCAAAAAUCCGAUCUUUUUUGGAUAACAGAAAAACGGAUAAAACCUACAGCAUUUAAGCUUUUCACAGGCUCUGCUUGGAUGAUGCUUUCUCGACCCUUCAUAGAGUUCUGUUUAUGGGGUUGGGACAACCUCCCGAGGACUGUGUUAAUGUAUUAUGCCAACUUUCUUUCAUCACCUGAAGGCUACUUUCACACGGUCAUAUGCAAUGCUGAAGAAUUUCAAAACACAACUGUGAACCACGACCUCCAUUUCAUCUCGUGGGACAACCCUCCGAAGCAGCAUCCACGUUUCCUCACAGACAAUGAUUAUCAGAGAAUGGUCGACAGCAAUGCCCCAUUCGCAAGAAAAUUUGGCAGGAAUGUAGCUAUUCUAGACAAGAUCGAUUCUGAACUUCUAGGACGCGAAGCUGAUGGGUUCGUUCCAGGCAGUUGGUUUGAUGGACACAGACAGGACACGAAUAGAACUUCUGAGCAUUACUUUCUUCCAAAUGUGACUGCAUUUAGACCAGGUUAUGGUGCUCAAAGGCUUAAAAAUCUUAUCAAUGGUUUGAUCUUCGAUAAAGAUUUCCAAGCAAAGCAUUGUCUUUAG